GUGGCGCGUGGAGUAAGAGAGAGAGAGAAAAAGAGAGCACAGUUUCAGUUAUGGUCCCAUUUGUCCCCAACCUAUCAUCGUCUCCUCUCUCUCUCUCGCUCGCUAUUGAAACCCUAAAAAUCAAAGCUUGAAUUUCAGAUCUUUUACAGCUGUCUCCUCGAGGAGACGACUACUAUGAGCAGCAGAGAUCAUCAUCAUCCACCCGAGCCUCUUGAUUUCUUCAUCUGGACUGUUGAGGAUGUUGGAUCUUGGCUUGAGGAGAUACACCUUGGGAGCUACCGCUUGAUUUUCAAAGAAAACGGCGUCAAUGGAGAAUAUCUAGAAAGCAUGUCUGUGUUUACAACCGAACAGAUCCUUCAUUUCAUAAGGAGGCAUCACAUGAAAUGGGGAGACUUCAUCACCCUCUGCAAAGAACUCCGAAGGAUCAAAGUGGCUUGCUUGAAAGGCGAGCAGAGAGUUCGAAGGCCAUGGUGGGCACCGUCUUGUCUCUCGGUAGUCUUUGUUAAGGCGGCUAAGCGCAAUCGACAGUCUCGAGUUGUAUCUCUAAAGCUUGAAUCUUGACAAUUACACGUUGGCUCUCUCUUUAUGUACCUACUUGUCUCUCUUCUCAUCCAUUUCUUUUCCUUUUUCUUUUUUUGGGCUGAGUUUGUUUGUAGAGAUAAAAGCUAUAUGCACUAUGAAAAAAAAACAAAUUGGAGCCAAAAAACUGUUUUGGCUUGUUAAAGUCUUGCAAGAAGGGAAAAAUUAUAGUUUUCUACUUUGGUUGUAUACAGAGCUUGCUCUCAGAUGUUUAAGCAUAUGGCUUGUUCAAAUAUGUUAUGUGGCAGAUAA